AUGACCCAAAAUUUAGUUUGGAUUAUUCAUUGCGGAUGCGGAGGCAAGCAGAAAUCCGGCACCAAUAAUUGUACGGAGACGUUGGGAAGAAAAACUUUCGAAUUAAAUGGAACUGGAAGAGCAAAAGAACAAAAUACAUAUAACGAAGCUCAUCCGCACAAUAUUUGGAAGUAUCAAAACCUUAGUUGUACGGAGACGUGGCCGAUUUCUGCUUGCGUGUCAACCACAUGUGUAAUCAGUCCAGAAGAAAUUUUCACCAUUCAUGGGCUCUGGCCUGUAUUGAAAGAUGGAACUGCUGUCACUGACUGCUCACCAGAACGAUUCAAUAGAGCAGGGGUACGCGUCUCUGCUGCUUUGUCCAGAGCUAAUGCUACAUAG